AUGUGGAUAUUCCGCCUGUCACUACCGUUUGUGGCUUUGUUGCUAAUACGCUUUUGUUCUGCGGCUUUCGUGGAGACAUACAAGCUCGAUGGGUUUUCUACUUCUAAUUACUUGCUAGACACAUUUAUAGUUGAUGUGGCACUUGACGUGGACAACCAACUCCUAAAGUUCUACAUCAACUCGAAGGUGGACGACAUGUCAAACUCUUCAACGACAGAACCCAUCAUCACAGACGUGGACCUGCUGACAAACAGGUACACUACUUUCCAUGUAGAUAUCGAUUUCAUGGGUAAGACCUUCAUCAAAAAGGACCUACGAUUUUGCGAUAUAUUGGCUGUCAAAAACACUUCCGAUUACGAGGAUAGCCCGCGAUACGCUGGAAGCUUGUCGCCUCUGUCGUCCGCAGAAUCUCCAACCUCGACGGCUUUGCCCAAACUGCCUUGGGCUGGAUUUAACGACUCCUCCAUCGCCAGGAGACAAUAUCCAGACGGAUAUCUGCACUUUAACGAGUCCAAUUCUGACUUUGGACUAUUCGCAUCCAACAACAAUACCAUCGAGAAGAUAUUCUCCAAUUCGACAGGUGACCUAAUAGGAUGUCCGUUGUACCAGAACGACUCCAUUGCCAUGUACUACCAGGCAGACAUCAGCGAUCACUUCAACCGUCUUGGUUCCUACACUGUCAGGUUUGCGGUUGUUUCCAACGGCCAGCAGUCUAAUGUCAUUGGAGGUGUGCGUGUGUAUGUUACUCCGGUGCUACAACCUCCUGUCUUAUCAUCGACACUUUUUUUCGGAGUUUUCUCGCUUCUUUUGGUGACCAAUUGUAUCAACUUCCUCAUCACGGUGUUCUCGCCCUACCAGGAGACUUCCAAUCCGUUUUUGAUUGAAGCUUCCACCAUUUGCAACGAGAGACUUUUGAAACAGCUAGAAGCAAGCAUCAACAGAAUAGUCGGGUACUUUCAAUUUGCAUUGUUUUUGUCUGCGCUUGACCUACAGUAUCCUGGCUUUCUUCAACCACUUAUGGGUCAAAUCAGAUGGUGUGCAUUGUUGGGAAUCAAUCUUUUGAAGAAAAAAACUUCGAUCCCCCUGCUGGAAAGCGAAAACAUCUACAUUACCCUUAAUUCUUCGGGAUUGGGUGCAUUAGCCCUCUAUAGCUCGAGCAGUUUUGUGUAUUACAGUUGGCCCAAUUUCAUGUUGUGUUUGCUAUGUUGGAUCGCCAUCGCCAUGGUGGUAUACCAGAUCUUAAUCAUGUUUCGGUUAUUCACGUCGAACUUCAAGAGAAGUCAUCCGAAAUUUAUGCGUUCGCUACCCACGGUUUUCGGCAUGGGUGAGAAUAACGAAGUCGUUUUCAAAUAUGCUUUAUCUAAGAAUGCUUGGGCACUAUUCGGCCAUUUCCUCCGCCAAUUAUUGAGCACGUUUGGUAUGCCAUUCUUGGUUUUGACUUUCUUUAUGUUGUACACGUCGAACAACUUAAGUGAUAAGUAUUGGAGGUUAUCUCAAGAUCAUCUUCGCAUAGAUGCGUUCAACGAGACCAUGUCGUAUGACGAUUUGGUGUGCAGACCGAAAUUUACAAAUGGCACAUCUUUCAUUACGUCUCAGAGACGUAAUUUGCAUUCAAUCCCGCUUGGAAGCAUUAUUGGUGGGUACUUUGCUUUAGUCAUUUGGUUUGCUUUGAUUGCCUACUUUAUUUUCCGGUAUUUGCUUACCUUUAAAAGAUGGGUGCCUAUUGUCAAUCCAAAUUUGAGAAAGUUAUACACAUCCAUCAAAGUGGUCAUUGUUUGGUCGUACUUCUACAAUGAGUACCGACCUGACAAGGCUCACUUCGCAGUGGUCGAUCUAUUGUACACUGUGCUUGUGCUGAUCAUAGUUGGGCUCCUUCAGAAGCUGGGAACUGUACAGGUUGUCCUUCUCAUCGUUCUUGAAUUUGUACAGUUAUCUAUAUUGGUUACUGUUCGCCCAUAUUACCUUAAGAUGAGGUGGUACUCGCUUUCUUGGAUUAUUCCUGCAGCAAGACUAAUCCAAAGCAUCUUGUGCAUUCCAUAUAUCAGACCGCUUAAUGUCGCUGAAGCUCCCAGAACCUACAUUGCUUACGUCCAAAUGCUUAUACAUUUGUUUGUUGCGUUCACUUUUGUCAUCCACUUAUUUUAUUGUCUCGGUUUGACCGGUACCUCAUUCAUGAGGGAAACCAAGGAGAAGAAGAAUCUUGGCAAUUAUCUGGGUGCGAAGGGUGCAAGCGUCGACGAUUUCAACGAUGGCUUCGAGUAUCAGCCUGUCGCAAUUAAGAAGGAAACUUCAUCCCCAAGAGCUGAAGGCGAAACGCUUUCUCCCCGCACAACCGGUGCCGAGGAAGGCGGAGAAGUUGAUUACUACCGUACAAAGAGUGAGAAAAUCCUCCAAAGAUCGCAACAUUUGCAUGCACCGACGGGUCUGCAUCAUGAAAAUUCAUGGGAAGAUGAGGUAACAAGUGACGAGUUGGAUUUCGAGCAUACCGAAGCAAGGAAGCAACAAAAGGACUACACCACCCGAGAAGGAGAUCGCUUAUACCACAAAUUUUUCUUGGAUGGUGCUGUAGAUCCGGAAAUCAGAGAUUUGUGGUUAUCGAGAGAAUGGAACGUCGAAACGCCAACGUCUCCCAUACCAUUGGCACCGGAAAAAUUGCAUGAGAAGACACUGCCUGCUAGGUUUGCAGGACUCGCGAAGCAUUUUUCACUGCUUCGAGCUUGCAAAAAGGCAACAAAAACCAAAGGAUUUGAGGUGUCUCGUCCACGUCAAAUCGUUGUGAAACCAAUGCAUACGGUGGACGACACACUGAACUUGUCGGACCACCAGAGCGAUUGA